CGUUCGUCACGCAGGGGAAGGUGGAAUUAGCUAGUGAGGUGUCCAAGGGAGAAAACUUAAUAGCAGUGUGCUUACCAUCACUAAAUUAUAAUGCCACAUGACAGUUUCACGUGUUUUGGACGUAGAAGUAGCAAGGACGUUGCUACAGUCGAAACAUCCCAGCACGCCACGCUUUCGCAUGCAAUACAUGCAAGCAGACUUGAGUGCCUUCGUAAGUUUUCUUUGGUUUCCUUCCAGCUCGUAUACGGCGACUACUUCGAUCACCUGUUGCCAUGGUACGAACGCCGAGGAGACGACAACGUCCUCUUUCUUACGUACGAGCAAAUGAAGGCGGACACCAGGGGCCAGGUUCUUAAGAUCGCCGACUUUCUCGGGAAGAACGAACACGGUGCUGAGCUUCGCCGGGACGAGGCAGUCUUGCAGAAUAUACUCGAUGCCUGCAGCUUGGACAACAUGAGGACCGUCUACAAGGACAUGCCGAUAGACAGGACAAAGAAAACUCCUUUCUCUGCAAAAUCCUCAUUUGUGGAAGCGUCGGGCGCAUCUACGCAAGAUGACGAGGUCGAAAUGCACCAGAGUCCAGGCUUUAUCCGUAAGGGAGUUGUCGGUGACUGGCGAAACCAUUUUACAUCCGAGCAAGCGCGGCGCACGAAGGAAUGGAUAACCAGGAAGACCGAAGGAAGCGAUGUUAUGACGCUUUGGAAGGACUGUGGUCUGCCAUAGCUUAGUUACCAGACAUUAAGACUGUCUUGAUCAUGGUAUAUUAUCAGUUCUCUGUUUACGUGUGCAUAUACAUCUUUACAGCCUUUUUUAUUACGCGUGAGCGUUUGUACCACGAUAGUUCAUCAAAACGUUUUUCGUCUAUAUGCAUUAUUCCUUCUUGUUUGUGUGCGGGCUAAAAAAAAAAAAUCAUGGGGCGAGACUGUUGCCCGGCCGCUCUUUUACUUCAGUAAUAAAACAUAUUAAAUAUAUUGCACUGAAAAGUUUGCUGCAAUAUUUACGGCGUAAUAUCAAGUCAAAUAAGGUGGCACCUGAAGCUUUGAGUGAUGAAAAUGACAGAUAAUUAAGAUUUCGUGGUAGGAUAAUUACCUUUUCUGAUCACACCCUUCGUCUGACUAUAGAAGGUACAGAACAGAGAAUAUUAAUAUCAUGAGAAGUUCGAAAGAAGAAAACGGGGUGACACAGCAGUACUAAGUAUACCAAUUUAUGUGUCCUAGACAACACAUCGCGCACUUAUUAUUAAAACAAUGGUCUAGCGGGUCACUGAGAUUGCUCUGCCAAAUCUGAGACGUUUCUCGGGCGCAUAGUGGCGCAGGCUAAUCAAGCAACAGCGCGUUUUUCAAGCCUUUUACGCUUUCUAUUUAGUCACUGCUCAUUUUUUUACGAGACGCCUACUCGUUUCGUAUCGUUUAAUGUUAUUCGACCGUAUUUCUCCCCUAAUUUGUUUGCCAUCCCGUU